AGCUGUUGGCCGAGGUUGAAGUAGCCAGGCGGAAGGCAUGGCCAGCCGUUGAGAAAUGCUUAUUGAAGUUUUCGAUAAUCAUGGAUUUAUCAGUGGUGAUCAGCAGUUACUCAAGAUCAGAUUCACUUAAACUACAUAAGAGAAUACACCAGCGAGUACACAUAGGAGAGAAACCUCACCACUGUUUUGACUGUGGGAAGAGUUACUUAAAAUCAGAUUCACUUAAACUACACCUGAGAAUACACACUGGAAAGAAUCUUCACUGCUGCUCUGACUGUGGGAAGAGAUUCACCUCUUCAGUAGACCUUAAAAUACAUCAGAGAAUUCACACUGGACAGAAACCUUUUGGCUGUGAUCAAUGUGGGAAGAGUUUUACUAAGCCAAGCAACUUGAACUCACACCAGCGAAUACACACUGGAGAGAAACCUUAUGGUUGUGAUCAAUGUGGGAAGAGUUUUACUCAGUCAAGCGGCCUGAUAUCACACCAGAUAACACACACAGGAGAGAAAUCAUAUAGCUGUACUCAAUGUGGGAAGAGUUUUGCUACAUCUGUCUAUCUGAAGAAACACCAGAGAAUACACACAGGAGAGAAAUCUUAUAGCUGUAAUCAAUGUGGGAAGAGUUUUACUCAGUCAAGCAGCCUGAAAUCACACCAAAGAAUUACACAGGAGAGAAAUCUCAUAGCUGUAAUCAAUGUGGGAAGAAUUUUACUCAGUCAAACAGCCUGAUAUCACACCAGUGGACUCACAUAUGAGAUAAACCUUAUGGCUAUGAUCAAUGUGACAAGAGAUACUCUGAUAAAAUAUAUCUAAUCAAACAUCAGAAAAUACAUACAUGAAGGAGUUGU